AUGCCAUCCCUCCCGCCUCCUCUCGAACUUGUGUUUGUGACAAUCUGCGCCUUCAUCAUCUCUUCCGUCUACAAUUGGUCGCACAGAUCUCCGAGUCCGAGUCCGGUCGCCAGAUCCAACAAACCGCUUGAUUGCCUUGCCUCCAUUGCGGGUGUCAAUGUAACGCUACUCCCACAGGGCGUUGUCCCCGGUCUGAUGGCCAUGAUGCUGCCGCUGAAGCAGCAGCCCGAUGAAUAUCGCGCGAGACAGUCAGUCAAUUUCCUUAUUGUCGAAGGCGGCGGCAGCGGCUCCUCCAAAGGUACAGAUGUUGAUGGCACAAUAGAUGGAUGCAAGGAACAAUGCCCUUUCAGCAAGACACCAGCGACAACACGGAGAAUCUCUGGAAAAUGUCUCGCGCUGACUGGAGCUUGCGUGAGACGUAUCGGACACUCCUCUCGAGUCUCUCAACGGACUACACGCACGUCUCUACGACUCGCAACCCUCUCCCUCCGCUGUACGCGUGGCAUCUUAUGCGAGAAACGGCCAAUUCGACCUCCGCAAUCACCGCCCUCGCCCAUGCCGCCCUGCAUAACGAACACUCUUCUUCCUUGCCUCACGAAUUCCUCUACGCCUUCCUCUGCCGCUUCGCCGACACGAACGUCACCUCCUUGCCAUGGGCUUCCCCGCAUCAAUGGGUCGCAGAAAUGAGGAGGGAUUGCGAGAUGAAUCGGAUACGUCAGAAGCCAAUGGAGGCCUUGAGACUCUUCAUGCGGGCAGCGCACGAGCUUCGUCAGGCCUGCCCAAGAGAAGCCGGGGAGAGUGUAUGGAAACAGGCUGCACAUGGAGAGUCUCUCGAAUCCGUCACGAUCGCGCAAGAGCUGAAACCCCAGAUCCUCCAGCGAGUCGACGAGAUCUCCCACACCGAGGGUAUGCGCGCUUCUCGCAUGGUGCACUACCAUUGCGACCCGUCUCAUUUCUCGCCCAUCACCUGCCCACCGGCGCCAUACGAACCGGGCUUCAGCCAGCCAGUCUUCGAGACACACGAAGGAGUUCGAUCUUCCCACCACGCCAUGUGUCGCGUGAGCAGCCCUGCGAGAGUCUUCGGAAACCCCGUCCCCGGAGACAAGGAGGAGAAGAUGCUGAAUGGUCUGGUGGAGAUGUGGACAACCGUGGUCUGGGCUGAGUGGUUGGGUAUUGUCUACGAGCAGAUUGCGAAGACAGUGACAACGGAGUGCGAGAACGUGAUGAAGGUGCUGGAUGACGAGUUCGAGAAGCUGUUUGACAUGAUCAUGUCCGACGAAACGGUCGCGGACAAAGAAAUGGCGGAGGAGAUCUUGAAGAGGACUGUAAGAGUCUUUGGGCGGAAGAUUGCUGGCGCUGAGACGGCGGAUCGAGACGAAGACGCCAUACUCGGACUCUUCGCUAAGGACGUUACCACAUCUACAAGACAGGGCGGGGACGACGAAAGCGAGGGAGAGGACGAGGACGAGGACGACUGGGUCGCCACCAAUUCAUGGAACUGGCUCUCCACUCCCAAGAAUAAAGGAGCGCCUCGCAACGCCAGGACCUGGGAUCGUCUCUGGCGCAGAAUCGCCUGGGGAAAAGAAUGGCUCCGUCUGCGAAUCACACCUCUCUGGCCAUACCAUCACGAUUUGAAUCACUACGGUGACGCUCCUACCUGGAACGGCGUCGACGCACUCGACGCCAUCGACGCCUGUCUCCUCUACCCUUUCCCCUACACGAACCUCACGAGCGAGAGCCCGGAGGUAGCGGCGUACACGAUCGCGAGAGGAAGUGUCUGGAUCUUUUGGUUAAAAGGUACGAGGCCGAACUGGAUGGUUACGGGCAACAAUGCGACAGGUAACGAGACGGACGGGCCGGGGAUUAAAUUGGACGACGUUUUGGUCGUAAGGCCUUUGAAACGGGAGGUUUGA